AUGACGACACUAGGAAGCUUUCGCGUCGCAGUUAUUCAGCUGGCUGUGCGAGCGAACAAGGUCGAAAAUCUUGCAAGGGCCACCGAGCACGUCAAGAAGGCGGCAGCAAGAGGCGCCAAGCUCGUGUGUCUCCCGGAAUUCUUCGGCUUUCCGUGCGCCAUUCAGAACUUCCAUAAGAACGCCGAACCGAUCCCCGGCAGAACUAGCGAAUUUCUGGCGGACACAGCCAACAGUAACGGCGUCUACCUCGUCGGUGGCACGAUGGCAGAGCGCGACGGCGACCUGCUCUACAACACGUGUCUCGUCUACGGACCCGACGGCGAACUCAUCGCCAAGCACCGCAAGUUGCACCUGUUCGACGUCGACAUUCCCGGAAAGAUGACGGUCAAGGAAUCGGACUGCUUCGCGGCUGGCGACAGCCCGACGACGUUCGACACGCCUUACUGCAAGGUGGGCCUAGGCAUCUGCUACGACCUGCGGUUCGCCGAACUGGCGUCACUGUACGCUAAGCAAGGGUGCAAGCUUCUGCUUUUUCCUGGUGCUUUCAACAUGGCGACGGGCCCACUCCAUUGGAAGAUGCUUCAGCGCGCCAGGGCUGUCGACAAUCAGGUGUACGUGGCUUCAGCUUCUGCGGCCACGGACGAACGCGCCUGCUACGUGGCGUGGGGUCACAGCAUGUUGGUGGAUCCUAUGGGUAACGUUGUGACGUCGGCUGGUGCAGUAGAAGAGCUUGUUGUCGGUGACGUCGACCUAGAUCUCUUGGCAUCCGUGAGAAACCAGAUACCGAUCGCGAAGCAGAAGAGAGACGAUAUCUAUUAGAGCUGACUUGAGCAGUCCUACGAACGGAUAUCGCAUGACGUUGCCAGUAA